AUGAUUGCCUACCCAGCCUUUCGCAAGCAGGUCCGUCGCACUUGGUCAGGCAGAAACUCCGGCCGAAGGGUCAACCGCAGCUACAGCGACGAUGAAGCCGCCAACCCAGGGCUCUACCACGAGGGAUCGCCGUUGCUUAGCGUACCACCCGUGAAUGAGGAGCACCAUGGAUUCAUGAGGCGCUUAUUUGACGGCACAAACACUCCUGGCAAAGACAGCCCGAAUCGUCUGAUCAAAUGGCCAGCAAAUGCUUUCCAUGUCACCGAGGCUACGCUGAUGAACAACUACGUCAACAUCCUGCUCCCAUUCGUGCCACUAGGUAUCAUUGCCGGCGUGCUUGGUUGGAGCCCUGCGGCUGUGUUCUCGCUGAACUUCAUCGCCAUUAUUCCCCUGGCAGCGGUGUUAUCCUUCGCUACGGAAGAGAUUUCCAUCCCACUGGGCGAGACAAUAGGAGGGCUGCUGAAUGCCACUUUCGCAACGCAGUUGAGCUCAUCUAGCUUUCUGCUCGGCGGCCUUGUCAACAUGAAGGAUGAUUCAGGCAACGGUACCGAGCAGACCUUCACCAGUGCGAUGGCACAAACGACAUGCUCCUUAUUAGCGCUGUCAGCCGCCUCAAUGAUCAUUCCCGCUACUCUCUACAGCAUCCUCAACAGCUCGGAUCAGUACGGUAAAGCCGAAACCAUCAUUUGGCACUCGCGCGGGACGGCCAUCAUCCUUCUUAUCCUGUACGCCCUGUAUCUGUGCUUCCAGUUGCGGACGCACAAGAAUCUGUUCAGCGAGGGGACUGGUGAAACGUCCUCAAGUCAUGAGGGAGAGGACGAGCCCGAAUCAGUAAUGAGCCCUUGGUCUACUGUAGCGGUACUGAUUGCCGUGACCGUUGUUAUCUCAUUCUGUGCAGACUACCUAGUUAGUAGUAUUAACAGCAUCGCCAAAGACGCGCACACCAGCAAGAGCUUUAUUGGCUUGAUCCUGAUCCCCAUUGUCGGCAACGCAGCCGAGCACGCCACGGCGUGUGUGAUGGCCGUAAGGAAUAAGAUGGAUUUGGCCACGGGUGUUGCAAUCGGAUCCAGUAUCCAGAUUGCGCUGCUGGUUACGCCGUUGCUGGUUGUCUUGGGCUGGUCAAUGAAUGUGCCGAUGAGUUUGAAUUUCAAUAUUCUUGAGACAAUUAUCUUCACUGUGUCCGUUUUAGUCGUGACGGGCACAGUGCAGGAUGGGAAAUGUAACUAUCUGGAGGGAGCCAUGCUUGUGGGACUCUAUAUUAUCAUCGCUUUGACAUUCUGGGCUAUCCCCAGUGGGGUUUUGGGAAAAGCUAUGGGCUGA